GUGAGACCCCCCCAGAAGAGGAGCACAGGGAGCUCUGACUGCUGGGGGAUGGAACCCAGGAGUCCUGGGCUGAGUGCUUGGUCUCCCUUCCCCUCGCCAGGCGGCAGAGGAGACAGAAGCACGCUCCCACCCCAGACAGUGAAGAAGCUUCUGGAGCAGAAGAGACGGCAGCAGACGGCGCUGGGCUAUGCGGCCAGCUCUCAGAUACCAACAGAUGCCAUUGACCCUUCCCAGACAGAUGAGUGCCCGGAGCCCAUGGGGUUGGGAAGGGGAUCUGGAGGGGAAUCUGCCCCUGGCCCCCCCCUGGCUCCCUACCCACCCUGGCAAGUCGAUCCCUCAUGCCACGCGGCCUUCCCCGACUGCCACUAUCACUGCUCAGCAGUGGCCAGCAGCUACCAGCCCUCAGGACACACGUACGAUUCAACAGACUCCUACCCCCCUGUGGGAACCGGGGUGUUUGGAGCAGGGGAUCCCUACAGCACCAUGAUGGCAGCCACGGGGGACUUGGAGGUCCCUGUGUCAGCCCCCUCACUGGGCCUGUUCCCAACUCCGCAGGCAUCUGCUGCCCCUUGGAUGCAGCCUGCCCGGAGCACCCCCUAUGCUGAUCCCCUAGAGCUGGGUAGCUUUGGAGACCCGGUCGGGGUGCUGGAUCCUGGGGAGCUGGCUAGGGCCCGAGUCGAGAUCCAGAGCAUGGACCCGGCGCGGCUGCUGCAUCAGGAUGAAGAUGGGGACACGAUCCUACACCUGCUGGCUGCCCGGGGGCUGCGUCACUUUGCCCAGGCGGCUGCUGAGGCCUUCAAGGAGUGCGGGCGGCUGGAGAUCAAGGAGCACAAGGGCAAGACCCCGCUGCUGGUGGCUGCCACGGCCAACCAGGCCGAGCUGGUGCGGGACCUGCUGGCGCUGGGAGCCGAUGCCAAUGCCGCUGACCACAAGGGCCAGACUCUGCUGCACCUGGCAGCCACCUACGGGUUCCCCAAUGUCCUCAUGGCUGUGGUGGCAUCUGGGGUCCUUGUCAACGUGGAGGCCAGGAACUUUGAAGGGCAGACCCCUCUGCACUGCGCGGUGAUCUCCCACAACAAGGCCUCGCGGGCACUGGGCGUCGGGACCCUGACCCCAGAGCGGCUGCAGGAGAUGUUGGCCUGCAUUCAGACCCUGCUGCACAUGGGGGCAGAUUACACCAGCCAGGACAUAAAGAGCAGCAAGACAGUUCUGCACCUGGCUGUGCAGGAUGGGAACCUGCCGCUGGUUCAGUUCUUCCUGCAGCUGCCCGGGCCCCGGCAAUUCAUCAACAUGAAGGCCCACGGGAACACAGCUCUGCACAUGGCCGCAGCCCUGCCGAGCCCCCCCUGCCAGGAGAGCCUCGUGCGGCUGCUACUGAGCCGGGGAGCUGACCCCAGUGCCCGCAACCUGGAGAAUGAGCAGCCGGCCCAUCUGCUGCCCCCCGGGCCCGGGGGAGACCAGCUACGCCUCUUGUUGAAGAGCCGGCGCCCGCUCCCUGGCACUGCCCGCCGUCCCGCCCAGCCCCCCUAGAUCCAUGGCUGCCGAAGGAAGGGGGCAGUGGGGGACUCAUCUGGUGCCGCUCAGUGAAGUGGGGUGGGGGGAGUGGAUUUGGCAUUUCUUGGGAAAGUUGUCUGUAAUAUUUUCUGUAUUUAACUAACUUAUUGUAUGGGGGCCGCCCGGACACCUGGGUUUUCCAAGUCCCCUGCUCCCUUGUUGCUUGGACCCCCCUGGGUCCCACAGUAGCAGGUAGCAUGGCCACUCAGAUGCCUGGGUCUGCUGCUGCCUGCCAUGUGGGGCUGCACCGCUUGGGGGGCCGAGCUCUCUGCCUUCCCCCUCUUGGGGCUGGGUGUGUGACUGCCCCCUACUGGACUGAGCUGGUGAGACCUUGCCCAAACCCCCUCCCCCGGUGAGGCUGCAUGUGCUCAUGCCAAUGCAGCGGGUGGCAGCUGAGGGGAAGGCCAAGGGCAACCUCAUCUCUAAACCCCCUAGACCUCACUCCCCAGCCAGAGUUGGGGAUAGAACCCAGGCAUCCUGGCUGCAGCAGUCUCCUUCCCACCCACCUACCCCCAUGGGGAGGGAGGUUGGUUUGCCCCAUUAACCUUUCCUCUGCUGAGCAUUGACUCAGCCCAAAUCUCUGUCUGCCUGGGGGCAGCCCCACACCUCAUCUUGUCUUCCCCCCCCUGCCCCCAUAUUGCUGGGGCGGGGGGGGAGCAGAGGGUCCUGUGUUAAUUUCUAUGAAAUCAUGUCUUGGCUGGGAAUUGAACCCAGGUGUCCGGCCCCACCAAGGGGGGGAGGAGCUACCCCCCCUUCAGUCUUAUCAUUUCUGUGAAAUGAACUUUUAUGAACCACAGUGGUUCACGUAGAGGGGAGGAAGAGUGAGGCAGAGUGUGGGGUGGACCCGUGUGUCCGACUGGCGUUUGACCCACACCCUCCACAUAACACAGCGCUGUGUCCCCAAACAGCCUUGAGUGACUGACUGUGAUAAGGGCAAUGGCACAGCAGUGCCCUCUUUGGGCAGUAAGCAGAACUGCUGCCUGUUUCAUAGUCCCUCUACUACCAAGGGCCAUUGUCCUUGGGAGGCAGCAGGCCGGGGUCCAGCGCUGCUAUUGUUACCCCCCCUACACACACAUACAGAGGGGGGUCCCAAGUUUGUUCCCUUGUUGGAACAUGAGACGUUUCAUUCAGAAAUAAGGUUUAGUGCUUCUCGCCUUUUCAAACUUCCCGCACAGCAUCUGUGUUACUGGAAACCUGUAGGCCAGAUACCCUGGUUCAACUUAUAGCUGGGCCUAGUAGCCCUGCCCCAGCGGUGGCUGCAUCCCAGCACUGGGGAAACUGUUAUAUGUAGCUGUUCCCUGGCUGCCCCACCCCAGAGGUGGCUGUGUCUCAGUGCAUGUCCGCUGAGCUCUGACUAUACAAGGGGGGAGGGGCAGACUGUAAGCUCCUUCGGGGGCAGGACUGUAUUUUUGUUCUGUGUUUAAACAGCCCUUGGCACUGUGUGGGCCAGGCCUAUGACUAGAGCGCCUGCCAGCUGCCAUGAUGGAACUAAGACAACUGCUUGCCCAGACCCGAGGGGAAUCAAUCCACCCCCCCCCCAGCUAAACACCUUCCUUCCUUCUCCCCCCCCCACUCCCCAGUGACAGCCAGGGCUGUUCUGGCUCUAGCCAGCAUACUACUGGGGCUACUGUGCCAGGCUGGGUCAGAGAGGCCAGCCCUGCCUGCCGGGGGAGGGUGCCCCCACACUGCCCCCUGCAGCCAGGCUGGGGCAGAGAGGCCAGCCCUGCCUGUCGGGGGAGGGUGCCCCCUAUCCGAGACCCCUUUUCACCUGUCUGGGGAUAAACAGUAGAGCUGCUCCUCUUAACCCAGCAGCUUCCCUCCUCAUGGUGACUCCUGUUCCCAGUGCCCCUAGUAGCCCCCAGCUAGCCAGCAGCAACCACACAGGGGCAGAGAUUCUGGCCCCACUCCUGGGGGUAGGGAGCAAACUUCGGUCUGGGGGGUUACAUCUCCCACAAACCAGCCUGAGGGUGCACCGGGGCAGGUGCCUGUUGCUUUGUAAUAGGUGUUGGGGGGGGAGCAGAGUAGGGUGUUGGCACCAGGGGCUCCUGGCCCCCAAAGGGGCCUCCUAGACACCCCCAAAUAAUAAAUGGCUAUUGACAUCCUGCUACCUGGCUUGCAGUCACUGAGUGGGGCUGAGAGGACAGAUGGAUAAUUCCCCCCGCUGAGCCCCUCACCCUGUUCCCCAUUGUCCCCCAUACAACAGUGGCCAGGUCCAGGCACCGUGGGGUUCAGGAGGUUUAUUCUAUGGUCAGACUGACGCCUAGGCCCCCUCACACCAGCUCCCCCCUUAGCUCAAAGGGCAGCCCCUCAUCUGCCCCAGGGGGUGGGGUAUCUGCCACCUGGUCGUAGAUCCUCAGGGGUUCCUCAGAGCCAGCCAGGGACCAGCCCCUCCAUGGAUAGGUGCCCUGGGAAGAGAGAGAGCCUGUCACACCAACCCCUUGCUGAGCCAGGCAGAGAACCCAGGAGUCCUGACUCCUUGCUCUGACCACUACACACCACUCCCCUCCUUGAACCAGGGUCAGAACCCAGAAGUCCUGUUGAAGCUGGGCGGCCGGCCACUCACCACAUCAUCCUGGCAGGGUAGUGCCCCUGGGGAGAGUGGGGCAACAGCUUGCAGGUGUAGUGCCCCCAGUUCCUCAUAGACCCCAGGCUCCAUCAUGUCCUCGUAUUCAUGGGGGCCUGAGGGGCCGAGCCAGCGUGCAGGGAACCCAGAAUCCGGAAUGGCAAAGGGACCU